AUAUGGAGUGCAGCCAAAUAUGUAAAACAUGAUUUUACAGUGAACAACAGAGAUAUUGGACGAAUUACAAACGAAGACAACGCCUAUACAAUAAAAUGUCGACCUUAAACGAAUACGAUGUUCUAGAAGAAAUUGGAAAAGGGACUUACGGUCUUGUUUACAAAGCUCGACUUAAAAGAGGAGAUCGAAAUGAGGCAAGUAAUAUAUUUGCUAUCAAGAAAAUAGACUUAUUCAAGGCAAAUUCCAAAGAGCUGGAACAACUUCGGAGAGAGGAAGACAUUUUAAAACUGUUAUGUGACCAAAGGCAUGAAAAUAUAGUACGAUACAUUACAUCUUUCAAUGUAAACAGGGCUCUAUAUAUAGUAACCGAGUACUGCUCAGGUGGGUCCUUGUACCAUUAUCUUCGUGAACGGAAAACCGGUCUAGAGGAGUGCGAGUUUAAAAUUUACCUCGAACAGAUUCUAAAUGGAGUUAAGUAUCUUCAUUCUCAAAAAAUUACCCACAGAGAUUUGAAAACAAAAAACAUUCUUAUAACAUCUGACAGCAGGAUAAAAAUAGCCGACUUUGGAGUAGCCAAAAUAGUUGAUACCUGUAGCAAAGCUGCAAAUACCGUCACUGUGGGGACGCCACACUACUUCGCUCCAGAGAUGUCUGACGGAAAAGGUACAUAUGAUGAAAAGAUUGAUAUAUGGGCCAUCGGUUGCGACUGCUAUGAAAUGGGUAGCUCAAAGUACGCCUUUGACGGUAAAACUUCACAGGAUCUGAAGGAAUCCAUUUGUAAAAAUAAGUUACCUGACAUGAACAAUCUUCGAUUUUGCGAUGACAUUCAGAAACUGAUUAUCAGAAUGCUGGCUACGAAUCCCUGUGACCGCCCAGACGCCGAGUCUCUGUAUAACGAGGUGUCACGUCAUCACUGCCAGAACUUAGAUCCGCCAGCCAGACACCACAAACAGACUCAGGUAUUCUCUCACUCUACAACGAUACCAGGGCAUGAGGGAAAGAACGUGUUUCUGAGUAGCCAGAGUACUGAUGUGUCAACAAUACCGCGAGAAGAAGGCAAAGAACCAUCGCAAAACACAGAUUCUUUUGAAGAAAAUCAGAAAGGAGAAUUUGUUUCUAUUGAAGGUUCAAUGUCAACAGCUUCAAUGCCGCCAAAAGGCGGAGAGCAAAAUACGGAUUCAUUUGACCAACUCAGGAAAACGUCAUCUUCUUCCCUCGAAGAAGGCAAGGAACCAUCGCAAAAUACAGAUUCUUGUAAAGAAAAACAGAAAGGAGAAUUAGUUUCUAUCGAAGGUUCAAUGUCAACAGCUUCAAUGCCGCCAAAAGGCGGAGAGCAAAAUACGGAUUCGUUUGACCAACUCAGGAAAAUGUCAUCUUCUUCCCUCGAAGAUUCGUUUAAAAGUACCUCAUCUAGUCGAACUGACUCUCAAGAUGAUUUCGUCACUCUGUAUAGAAAGUCAGUGGAUAGAUUUGACAAAAAACUUUACGACACAUUAUGCCGUGCUGGGGGGCGAGACAUUUACCGUAAACUCGGACAAUUAUUGGAGGAGUGUUAUACUGUGGAUUUUGAAGAAAAAGUCAGCAGGUUGCUUGGGGAGAGAUACGCAAGUUUGCAGACCAUGGUGAUGACUUUGAAGAAUUUAGAGGACGGACUUAAAAAAUACUCCAAGAACUAAUAACUGAACAAUUUUGACAUUCCAAUAUGAAUUAGAUAAAAAUUCUUUGCAAUAGAGUAAGUGGAUUUUAGUAAUAAAAUCAGAGGAUCUGAUGAAGAAAAGCGAAAUGUGUGUGUGAACACUGGCACAGAAAAAAAUAUAUAGAAGAUAAAUUACAGACUGAGGUGAACAAAGACUGAAAAACGUCACCCUGAGCGUGAAAAUCCAAUGAAGACAAGUCAUAUAAAUUCUUUUAAAAUCAAAAUUUUCCUUACAGGAUAUUUAAGGACUAACUACAUGUAGUAUUCAGCAAGAACAUGCCGCAGAUUGAAAAAUGCAUGACGUCCAUGGUUUUUAUGUAGCCACAUGCUGAAAGUUUUUUUCUUGUAGCAGUCGAAUUUUCGGUGACAAAAAAGAAAGAUAGUAUGACAUAUCCAUAUUGAAGAAUAGUUAUCAACAUUUCAUGUUUACAGUUAUAAUUCAUAGAGAACAGGACAUCAUUCACAUACAGUUGCAGUGACUACCAAGGUACUGCACUGCUUCUGGCAAAAAAAGUGUAUAAGCCAUAAAAAAAUACUCAAGAAAAACUGUUUACGGUAGUAAACCAUGUAGUUUACAAUAGUUAUCGAUAGGAAACUAUGGCAGCAUUGCAUUAAACCUCAUUUGCAUCAUUAAUGUUUGCUGUACAGCCUCUGCAUACUUACCGCAAACUUCUCCAUGUUCUCCAGGACAUCAAGCUUUGCAUAUUAAGCUGUCAUGGAUUCUUCAGCUGACAUUAAUGCAGGAAGUUGCAACAAUGCUUGCAGAAGACUUGCAGAAAAAUCUCCCCGAGUGACAUAAUUUUAAGAUCUUUCCCUUUUUCAAAACUAAGUAAUACUUACUUGAUAUCAUGGGCUGUAUGACAUUUUAUAAUAGUUUAAAUAAACAAAUCAUAAAAAAAAACUUUUAUUUUGAUAGUAAUU